AUGGCGGGACGCGUACGGCACCCGAUCGACCAGGCCGCGCUGGAGCGGUACAUCCAGCAGAACGUCCCCGAGAUCAAGACGCCGAUCGAGAUCAAACAGUUCGGCUUCGGCCAGUCCAACCCGACAUACCAACUCACCUCCGCGACCUCCGACCGCUUCGUCCUCCGCAAGAAACCCCCCGGCAAGCUCCUCUCCAAGGCGGCGCACAAGGUCGAGCGCGAGCACCGCAUCAUCCACGCCCUGGAACCCACCGACGUGCCCGUCCCCAAGGCCUUCUGCCUCUGCGAGGACGACUCCGUCAUCGGCACGCCCUUCUACAUCAUGGAGUUCCUCGACGGGCGCAUCUUCGAGGACGCCGCCAUGCCGGAGGCCGCGUCGCCGGAGGAGCGCAGGGCGCUGUGGAAGGAGGCGACGCGCACGCUGGCGAAGCUGCACCGCGUCGAGCCGCGGGAUGUCGGGCUCGAGAGUUUUGGGAAGAGGGAGGGGUUUUACGAUCGGCAGAUCGCGACGUGGACGACCAUCUGCGAGAGCCAGGCGGCGGCUAAAGACAAAGAGACCGGGGAGAGGGUGGGGGAUUUGCCGCAUUUCGGGGAGAUGGUUGGGUUUUUUAGGGAUAAGGGGAGGCAACCUAGGGAUCGGGGGACGUUGAUUCAUGGGGAUUUUAAGAUUGAUAAUAUUGUGUUUCAUAAGACGGAGGCGAGGGUUAUUGGGGUUCUUGACUGGGAGAUGUCAACAGUAGGCCACCCCCUCUCGGACCUCUGCAACUUCCUCACGCCCUACUUCACCGCCUCGCGCGGCGAGUCGGGCGUCUACGCCCACGAGGGCUUCCUGGCGGGCGCCACGCCCGGCCUGCCCUCGGUCGAGGAGGUCGUGGGCUGGUACUCGGCCGAGGCGGGCUGGGACCCGGCGCCGGAGCUGAACUGGGGCAUGGCGUUCAACGUGUUCCGGCUGUCGGCGGUGCUGCAGGGCAUCGCGGCGCGCGCGGCGCAGGGGCAGGCGAGCAGCGAGCAGGCCAAGCGGUACGCGGUCACGAGGGGCCCGUUGGCGGAGUUCGCGUGGGAGUUGGUCGGGAGGAGUAUGGAGCAGGGUGGUGGGAGGGCGAAGUUGUAG